ACUCCUGCCUGCUCGCGGUUUUCGUGCAGCUCAAAACUUCUUAAAACUACGAGAAAUCACAUUCAGCAUGUGUUUGCGAUCGCACUGGAAGAGGACAGACGGUCGUACCUGUUAUUGAUCGAUGGGUCUGAAGUGACUGAUGGGAUGUUUUGUCCAGGUGAAGCUCACCUGCGCGGUUGAUUUCUCACCUGUCCGUUUUAGGAGCAUGACUCCCGUCAUCAAAAUUAAACCUCGGACAAACCUGCAGGUUUAAGUUUGGGUCUGGCGAAAUGCAGACGCCGUUUGGUUUGGUUUAUGUUCUUUUGCUCUUCGUUACAGGCAGCGUGUGUUAUCUGAGCAUCUUACCCAAGGCUCCUGUGUCGGUGGAAGCUCUGGUGGGCCAGAAUGUGACCCUCGGUGUGUCUCACGCCGGCGUCCCUCAGCCCGAGGUCAUGUGGUUUAAGGGAAGCCUUCUGGUGGCCAGGUGGACCGUGGGUAACGGCUCUCUUUCGGGUGUCGCAUCAGGCGUUUUUAAACCAGAACUGAACGGAUCGCUCACCUUCAUGAACGUGCCGCUCGGUUAUAACGGUACAUACACCGUAGAAAUGAAUCAUAUUGGGGAGGAAAAGGUCAGCGCUACAUUUAACCUCUUUGUUUAUGACGUGAUCACGAAUGUGUCCCUGCGCAGCGAUCCAGGAGACGCCGUUGAGGGUGAAGCGAGGUUUACCUUGUAUUACAGCACACUGCAAGGGGAGGCCAAAGAGGUGCGGUGGUUCUUUAAUGGUCUCCAGUUACGAAAUGGAUCUCGUUAUUCCAUCGGCGGGAAGAACCUCACGGUAAACCAGCUCGGCAGGAACGACACGGGCCGCUACGCCGCGUCACUAAGCAACCCGUUCAGCUCCGAGACGCAGGGCAGGAACAUCACAGUGCUGUAUGGACCCGAUAGGCCGGUUCUCAAGGUCAGUCCCACAAAAGCGCUCUUUGUUUCGGGAGAGUCUCUGUCUCUCUCCUGUCAGGCCGAGGGUGAACCUCCCCCCUCCGCCACGUGGUUUUUCAACGGCGAGUCCGUCGCACCGUCUUCAACGGGAACAGUCGUUCUCAGCGACGUUAAGACGAGUCAAAGCGGCAUUUAUACCUGCGUGAUGAUCAACACCAGAACUGAGGUGACGCUUCAGAGGAACAUCUCUGUAAUUGUCUACGAGCCUCCCGGAGGUGAGCCGCUGUGUUCGGUGCGGGCCGUGAACGGAGACGCUGCAGCGCUGCAGUUCCUCUGUCUGUGGCCAGGCGGCGCUCCGGAGGCACGCGUGUCCUUUCCAGGCCUGAGCGUGAACGCCAGUGGGUACGGGAAUUACAGCGUGACCGUAAAUGACAUUCAGAGCUUAAACGGACGAGAAAUCAUCUGCGAAGCCGAGCAUCCUCUGAUUCGGACGCAGUGCAGCGUCAUUCCUCGUGGUCCUGUGGAUUUUCUCCCAGUAAUUUUAACCAGCGUGAGUCAAGAUGAACAGACGAUGGUUGUGAUUCGAUGCUCUGCUGAAGCGACACCUCAAGCCCUUGUGCAAUGGAUCAAGAACGGACACCGCUUGCAAACUGGGCCCAAAUAUCAGAUCAGUACAAACACAACUCGGCUGAUAAUUUAUGGUUUUAAUGUCACUGCAGACCUCGACACGUACACCUGCGCUGCCAUCAACCCUCUCGGGAAUAAAACGGUGGACACGACGCUGCUGGGUCCUCAAAUCUCCAAUUCGAGUGUUUCCCUGAGUAUCAACCGAACAGAAGUGACCCUAUCAUGGGUCGUUCCUCUCACUUCUGUUAUUACAGGCUUUGAUAUCCAGAUGAAAGGACCGGAGAUCUCAAGCCCAUCUCAACCCAAACUCGGCAUCGCUUCAGACUUCCUCACCGUCCAAUCAGAGCCUGCCUCGGCCAGAUCCAGCACGCUCUCAGGACUCAACCCAGAAUCCACGUACUACUUCAGAAUCGUCCCUAAAGCCGGAAGAACCGCAGGAGAACAGUCCGAGCAGCAUCGGAUCGGACCAGCUGCUGGACUCAGUGGAGCUGCUAUCGCUGGUAUCGCUGCUGGAAUCCCCUGCGCUCUCCUCCUCAUCCUCAUUGUGCUGGCCUUCAUCUACUGCGGCAGACGUGCAGAUCGAAUCCCCAGGUAUCCUGUAUCGAGAGCAACAGAGAAGGCCGUCAUCUCUCAGUCUGCUCUGAACCCUCACCGCCUGCUGAGAGCCAGACUGAAACCACCGCCGGCGUACAGACUUCAGCAGCCCGAGCGGUCUUCUCCUUUGCCGUCUGAGAACUCGUGUGCGAGAAUGGCCACCACCGUCUGACUCCGAAAGCCUUUAAAGGUGUCCAGGACAUUUGUUCGACACGUUGCAGCCCGGACUCGAACCAGUGCCACUCACGUGAGCACCACAGCUGCUCCUGCACCGUUCAUUUUUACAAGUGUGUUUUAAAUUGCCAGCGCUGUAUGAAAAUGACCGUUUCUGUAGCUUCUUUUAAAAUAAGUAGUGAUUUUGAACGCUUUUAUUCAGAUUUAACAUUCGUAAUGAUCAGAAAUGCAGGAAAAGUAGUAAUGACGCUGAAAAUUCCGCUUUGCAUUAAAGGAAUAAAUUACGUUUUGCAAUAUAUUCAAAUAAAAAACAGUUAUUUGAAAUUGUAAUAAUAUUUCACGAUUUUACUGCUUUUGCAGAAUUUUUGCUCAAAUAUAUAUAUAUAUAUAUAUAUAUAUAUAUAUAUAUAUUUU